GCAAAAGUAGCAGAGUAAUUUGUUGAUAUCCUGCUUGGUAGUAAUAAUUUAGACUUUGAUAUUUCAAAGCCAAAUAUAUCCCCGGCGGAGGGGUUUUCUUUGCACUGGGCAGCACAGGUUACUAGAACGUUAUCUAUAUGAAGGGCUGAUGGAAGACACAAGGGAUUUGGCUGAACGCACCCCACGUUCAGAGCGUAAGCGGAGAGACUCAUUCGGGAUGUUUGAUGGCUACGACAGCUGCAGCGAGGAGUCCACCAGCAGCUCCAGCACAGAGGACAGCGAGGAUGAGGUGGCGCCCUCCAUCCCUGCCAGUCUGCCCAUCAUCAAGAACAAUGGCCAAGUCUACACCUACCCCGACGGCAAGGCUGGAAUGGCCACCUGUGAGAUGUGUGGGAUGGUCGGAGUACGAGAUGCCUUUUACUCCAAAACCAAGCGCUUCUGCAGUGUGUCUUGUUCCAGGAGUUAUUCCUCAAAUUCCAAAAAAGCUAGCAUCUUGGCAAGACUCCAGGGCAAACCACCAACAAAAAAGGCAAAAGUCUUACAGAAACAGCCUCUUAUGGCAAAGUUGGCAGCUUACGCCCAGUACCAAGCAAGUCAACAGAACCAGGCCAAAUCAAAAGCCGUGGUCCCUGCCGAGAGCUUCGACUGGGGUCGGUAUCUCUGUAGCAAUAACACGAUCGGAGCUCCAGUCAGCUGUUUCAAGCACGCCCCUAUGGGGACAUGCUGGGGAGACAUUGAAGAAGGAGUGAGGAUUGAAGUGAUCAACUCCGAUACCAGCCUCUCCACUAAGGUGUACUGGAUAGCAGAAAUCAUUAAGCUAGCAGGGUUCAAGGCUCUCCUGCGGUAUGAGGGCUUUGACAAUGACAACAGUAAAGACUUCUGGUGUAAUCUCUGCAUCCCUGAGGUGCACCCGGUGGGAUGGUGCGCCUCUAGUCGCAAACCUCUUGUACCUCCAAAAAGCAUACAGCAUAAGUACUCUAACUGGAAAGCCUUUCUUGUGAAGCGUCUCACUGGAGCUAAAACACUGCCACCUGACUUUAAUGAAAAGGUACAUGAGAACAUACAGUUCCCCUUUAAGAAGCUGAUGCGGGUAGAGGUGGUGGAUAAGAACUAUCUGUGCCGGACACGGGUGGCGCUGGUGGAGCAGGUAAUCGGAGGGCGCCUCAGGCUGGUUUACGAGGAGAGCCAGGACGGGUCGGAUGACUUCUGGUGCCACAUGUACAGCCCUCUCAUACAUAACAUCGGCUGGUCGCGUAGCAUCGGACACCGCUUCAAACGAUCCGAUGUAACGAAGAAAAUGGACGGUCAAGUUGACGCUCCUCCACCGCUCUUCCAGAAGGUGAAAGAUGUGGACCAGAGUGGGGAAUGGUUCAGGGAUGGGAUGAAGUUAGAGGCCAUAGACCCCCUCAACCUCUCAGCUAUAUGUGUAGCCACUGUAAGAAAGGUGUUGGCAGACGGGUACCUCAUGAUCGGGAUCGACGGUUCGGAGGCAGUGGAUGGAUCAGACUGGUUCUGUUACCACGGCACCUCCCCCUCCAUCUUCCCUGUCGGCUUCUGUGAAAUUAACAACAUUGAACUCACACCCCCUAGAGGGUACACUAAACUGCCAUUUAAAUGGUUUGACUACCUCAGAGAAACAGGUUCAAUAGCUGCUCCUGUCAAGCUCUUUAACAAGGAGGUUCCCAAUCACGGUUUCCGGCAAGGCAUGAAGCUGGAGGCUGUUGAUCUGAUGGAGCCGCGGCUUGUGUGUGUUGCCACGGUGACGAGGAUUGUUCACCGGCUACUGAGGAUCCACUUUGACGGCUGGGAGGACGAGUAUGACCAGUGGGUGGACUGCGAGUCACCUGACCUCUACCCUGUGGGCUGGUGUCAGCUGACGGGCUACCAGCUCCAACCCCCCGCCUCACAGAGUAACAGAGAAAUGCCUCAAUCUGUGCCUAAGCAGAAGAAAAAGGCCCAACAGUACAAAGGCCAAAAGAAAAAGAGGAAGAUUCCGGUUGGUCGACGGCCCUUCAGUCAGGCAGGCAGGAGGAGGAGCUUCUCGGGGGACGAAGAGCAGAGUCCGCCCCCUUAUCCUGCCCAGGGGCCCGCUCGGCCCCGGCCCCGAACCCACCUCCACCAAACCCACAAAUCAGACUCUCUCCUGCGAAUGAAGGAGGAGACGGCAGAGGUGGACGAGUUUACCUUCUCACAGGGCACCUCCGACCAGGAGAGCAACGGCUCGGGCAGCUACUACAUCAAACAGGAGCCCUGAGAUCACAAGGUCAGACAGAGCAGGACGAAGCGGGGCAGGACACAUCUCUCAAAAAACCCCAGCAAGCAUCAGGAACGUGGAGAAUCAAACAAGCCUCAAAUUACACCUACAGACCAAUGGCACAGCCUUCAUGGAGUCAGUACAGGAGAUGGGCAAUGAAGAGGAGAAGGGGGUCGAUUUCAUGUUUCUGAAAAAUUCUGAACGGAACAUCCUUCUGAACAAGUUUCCAACCUUGUAGCUGUGUGUGCACAUAAUCACUCACAAAACCUGUAUGAUUGAAGGGUUGGAAAGCAGCCAGGCACAGUCUGGUUCACAGAUGUUUGGGCAUUCUCUUUUGUACCACCCUCGUGGUAACAUCGGCUUUCUCUCCUCUCCUGUCUGAAACAUCCAACAAGACAAGAUAUUUUGAUGGAUAAAAAACAACCCCUUUUUCUACAGAAAAGGGGGGUCCUGCAAGUCAACAUCAGCCCAUCCUGCCUCUGCCACAAUCUGGGCAGCGCACAGAGACCUGUAGAAACUGUGAGAACCAUUUAUUGAGCCAGGUCUUUUUUUUGUUUUUUGUCUUUUUUUUUGUUGUUGUUGUUGUUUUGGUUUGUUUUCAGGUCAGAGAGUCAGCCACUGAACGCAGGAUUUCCAUUGGCCUGAGGAGAGAAGAGAGGCUGGCAGAGAGAGGAACACAGUUGUGUAUAUUUUGAUUAUUUUCUUCUGAAUAAUAUUGCCAGGUGGACUUUUACUUUGUUAAUAGUACUUGAAGUUUUUUUCCCUUUUUUAUUUUGUGAUGAUUUUUGAGUUGUCUUAAUGUACUUUUUUUGCAUUUGCAUUCUGGUGGCUGUGUGGGAAACUUAACGUGUAUUGUUUCAUAAAAGUAAUUAUAUUCAUAUAGUAUGUGGAGACCUAUUCAAAUAGAACUACAGAAUAUAGAUAUUACGAAUUGUGAUUGGAUGACAAUGUGUAGUACAAUGCUGCUCAGCAUUACUGAUAUUUGGUCUUUUUUUUUAAAUUUUUUUUUUUUUUAAAUUUUGUUUCCUCUUAUAUUGGCCAGAAGAUUUCCACAGCUGCAUUGGUUUCUUAUUCAAACAUUACAGAACCAAAAUCUGAUUCAAGUUCAACAACAUCAUUCAUACUAGGACUUUGUUGGUACACCUGCUUCCAUCAAAGUCACCAAAAAGAUAUAGAUAACAUAAAACUUCUUUGACUGCAACUGAAAUAUUUUCAAUUAGUUUUUAAAUAAUUUUGUUGAUUAAUCCUUUGGAAACUCGUGAUGGGAUUUUUCACUAUUUACCAGAGUCCAAGAUGGCGUCUUCAGAUGUUUUGUUUCGUUUUGCUCCACCAACACUGCAACUUUUUUGGCAGUUUAAAAUUAUUGCUUGAUUAUUAAAAAUGAAAGGACCAGUGUGUAGGUUUUAGUGGCAUCUAGCAGUGAGGUUGCAGAUUGCAACCACCUGAAUUAGGGUUAGGGUCUACAUACUUGCACUUUUAAUCAAAUAAUCUAAAUGUUUCAGCACGAACAAAUCCUACACUUAAGCUGCACCUGGAACCUUUUGUGUUACAGUGAUCGGAUGGAAAAUGUAAAUGAACAUGGUGCAGCUUUAAACAUCAGUCCUGUUUUUAUGAUGUAUUAAUUACAGAAAUCCUCUUUCACAUUCCAUUGAGCUUCCACCAACACUAUUCAGCUACAUUAAGUGGGUAUUGUGGGAAAUAUCUGGUUUUUGUUACAACAACUUUAAUGCCAGCAUUUUGAGCUACAACUUUCCCCCCAAAACUGUGGCCUUAACACAAUUUUCCCUUCACGGUCCAGUUUUUAAACCUGUAGAUUACAUUAGCCUGCAUAAGCUUAACCAAGAUAGCUCAUAUCUAAUGAGGAAACAGUGUCGGGUGGCUUUGAUAGCUAAAUGUGGAGCUCUAGGGACCUAUCGCAGUAACCAGCAAUCCCACAAUACCACUAACUGUGGAUUAGUAACUGCUGCAGCAAGAAGUCAGCAGUGCUGAUGAGCCCAGGACAACACAGUUCUCUUACUGUACCAAAAAAAAGCAAUUGCAGGAAUGUAUCAUUUACUAUUGUGAAUAUUUCAGGGUCUUGUCUGUGCUGUAAUGUUGAAGAGAAAUUAUGAAGUUGUGGAAAUGAGAAUUUUUCCAUUUAAAAAAAAUCAUCGUAGUUUUUAAGAAAUACUAAAGGAGAAACUAAUUUGCAUAGUGUGAGUGUAAGUGAGCAGCAGGGUAUGUUGUAUAAAAGAGAAACCUUACUGGUAUGAUAGGGUAUACUCUGACAUGUUAUUCCCACUGUCCAGCCCUACAGUAUGUACUUAGACCUUCACAGUUUGGAUGUAGCUGCUGUCAGGGAAGAACCUCAGUCUUACAACACAACUGACCAAUGUAUCAUCAUCAUCACCGUACAGCAGGUUAAAAUGUGAGUGCUGCAGGUGCAUCACUUGCAUACUGUCAAAGGUCGCACUACAGCAGUGAUUCAGAUUGCAGAUACAGGUGUUUCUGUUGUGUUUUGGACCAUGUCUGCUGUAUUCAUACCCAAUAUGGAUUCUGGAGUAUGCCACCAGAAUAAAUAUAGUCAUUUUCA